CGUUGGUAAGGGGAGGAGCCACGGCCUCGACGACGGGAUAGGCCUGGCGCGGCGAGAGGCUGCCGCACAACGACCCUGCGAGGUUUUUCCUCUAAGAUGGAAACUUGGCUAGUAAGAAAGAGUGGCUCUUUGACUUCUUCCUAGUUGGUGCAUCUCAUGGAUUCUCCUAGCAGACAAUGGAGCACCUCUCAAGCGAUGGGCCCCAAAUCUUGCAGCCAAAGGAGGAGAGCUGCUCUGCAAGGCAAGAGGCAGGCAGCAGUGGGGACCAUCUCUCCGAGGCCCCCCCAGAAACCAAGCUCCCCUUUUCCAACGAUCCUUUCAGACUGCAGUUAGAAGGAUCCCAAGCCCCAGCUGGGCUCAAGUCAUUCACUCCAAAGCCUCCCCGUAAACCGAGGCUGGAGCGGACGUCAUCUCUGGACGAACUGAUCUGGCGGAGGAGGAGGAGGCCUUUCAGAAUGAAUCAAGGGAAUUCGGUUGAUUCCACUGAGGGGGGCUCCUCCGAUGGGUCUUUCCAGGGAGAGAGCCCCACCAAGCAGGAAGGCGCCUCCAGCGGCAACCACCGCCAUCUCCAGCCUCGGCAUGACUUGAACCCAGGCUCCGAGGGUCCCCACCUCAGCCAAAGCAGACCCAGCCUUUCAGCUUCACCCCGGAAGUUGUCCAAGGUCUUGGCCUCCCAGCCUCCACCUCCUCUGGAACUUGAGGGCUCCUUUCCUUCUCUGAGGACAACUAAUAGGAUUGACCCAGAUUGCGCGGAGUACAAGUUGGGCUCCUGGAGGGGGCUUCCAAGAGCAGGCAGCAGCUGGAGCGACACGCAGCUUCAGAGCCGGGGAAUGGCUUGCGAACACUGCUUGGCCGCCUCCACCAAAUCGACCUUCAGCCUACUGGCCCCCAUCCGGAUCACCGACGUGAGAAACAGAAGCUACUUGGAAGGCAGCCUUCUUGCUAGUGGUGCCCUCCUGGGAGCAGAAGAGCUGAACCGGUAUUUUCCUGAUCGCAACAUUGGCAUCUUUGUAGCCACCUGGAACAUGCAGGGCCAGAAGGAGCUCCCUGAGGUGCUGGAUGACUUCCUGUUGCCGUCUGAGCCCGAUUAUGCACAGGACAUGUAUGUGAUAGGGAUCCAAGAAGGCUGUCCAGAUAGGCGAGAGUGGGAGAUUCGCCUGCAGACAACGCUGGGCCCCCAGUACGUCAUGUCUUACGCAGCUGCUCACGGGGUCCUUUACCUGGCCUUCUUCCUGCGAAGGGACCUCAUCUGGUUUUGCUCAGAGGUGGAAUAUGCCACAGUGACCACGCGCAUCGUGUCUCAGUUCAAGACCAAGGGUGCGCUGGGAAUUUGCUUCACGUUCUUCGGCACGUCCUUCCUUUUCAUCACUUCCCAUUUUACCUCUGGAGACGGCAAAGUCAGUGAGAGGCUCCUGGAUUACCACAAAACCAUCCAGGCUCUUUCGCUGCCCAGAAAUAUUCCAGAUACCAACCCCUAUCGAUCGAAUUCCUGUUCUCUAUUUAAGGGGUUCCAAGAGGCCCCCAUCUUUUUCCGUCCUUCCUACAAGUUUGACGUUGGACAGGACACCUAUGACACAACCUCCAAGCAGAGGACACCUUCAUAUACGGACCGGGUCAUCUAUCGAAGCCGCCACCCAAAUGAGAUCCAUGCUGUGAAGUACUCGGCCUGCUUUGGGAUCAGGACGUCCGAUCACCGCCCUGUGUAUGGCUUGUUCCGUGUCAAAGUGAGACCUGGGAGGGACAACAUCCCACUGGCUGCAGGCCUGUUUGAUCGAGAACUUUAUUUGAUUGGCAUAAAGAGACGGAGCAAGAGGCAGCUUCAGAAAAAACAAGCUGUGAAAAACCAGAAAUCCAGCGCCGUCUGUUCUGUUUCCUGACCAAAUCCAUUAACCCGAGAACUUCUGGGGCGAGUGGAAGGGCUUGUGGACCAGGUCUCCUUCAGCGCAUUCUCUGAAACCAGGCUGGGGAGGGGCUUCCACAGGGCCCCAAAAGCGAAGAGCUCUUUGAGGCUGGGAACGGCUGGGCAGCCAAGGGAUCAAGAUUUACCAAGCAUGGAGCUUCUUCCUGCUCGACAGGCCGUUGUUCCUGUAUCCUGUUGCUUGAGGAAAGUAAACCUGCAGGGUGUUGGCAUUUACACCAGCCACAAACAUUUCUUAGGUUUUCUGAGGAUCAUACCUUGGGAACAAAGGAACACAUUCUCUAAGCUUUGUUUUGUUCACCUGCAGCUGAAUUAGAGUCUAAUUUGGUCCCACAAACCAACAUUUUUCCUAAGAAUUCUAGAAAGGUCCCUGAAAUGCCAGAUGGGCAAGGGAAGACUCAGAAAGCACCAGCAUGGGAGUCUAUAAGACAAGCCAGCUUCCACCAACUACAUUUUUUUUUAAAUCCAUUAACUUAAGAAAUAGUGGAAACCAGUUUCACUCAACACACAGCCUUGACUGGCUGCAAAAAUCAGUAUUUUCAAUAGCAAAGGCCAAUUUUUAGCCAAUGCCAACAGUUGAUAGUUAAGAAAUGUUUUCCCCUUCAUCAUUUUCCUGGAUUGUGUUUCAGUUUGCAAUUCCUUGAAAUAAAAGGAUGAUCCAGAACUUUUAAAA